CCACAGGCAAUCAUGUGACUCAACUGCCAGCCCCUCUGUAAGUGUGUGUAUGUGUGUGUGUGUAUGCGUGUGGUGGCAUGUGUGAAUGUGUGUGUUAGGGGAGAGAGAGGGAAAAAUGUGCUUUGCACACACACACACACACACACACAUACAUGCACACACACUUGCGGAGUGAUCUCAGCAUUACGCACAGAGGAAGACUUGGAAGAGGAGAGGAGGCUGCAGUCAGCAGGGGGAAAAGCUUAUUCUUCACACAGGUUAUUCAUUAUUAAUAUUUAGCCAAGUCCUCCAAAGUUGAUCUUGAGAGCAGAGCAGAGUCCACCUGCCAUCCAUCCUCACAGGAAUGGUGGAUCACUUACCACUUGGUGAGGAGACUUUCCUGUACUACGCUGGCUCAUCUGAUUGCAGCAGAGUGCCACCGGGCGUCAUGGUGACCGACACGUGUGUCUACCACCCUCUCCACCCUUACCAAGGGGUGUCCUCAUCGCCGGGGCUCUCCGAAGAUGACCUCAGUAUCUCGUCAAGUCCUCGGUCGUCGUUGUGCUCCAGCCCAGAGUCGUUGUCUUCCUCGUCGUCGCCUGAAAUCCACAACAAUGUCAGCUCUUCAGGGAGUGAGAGUCAAGAUAGCUUGCUGGACCUCCUCCUCUCUCAGGGAAUGACCACCAGUUUACCACCUUCUUCGUCUGCUGCGGCCCCACUUUUACCCAUGGGACUCACUUGGGAGUCCAAGAGGGAUCAAAGGUUGGGUCUCCUCCAGCAUCAUGCCAAAGAGGACUACUAUGAGUUCCCGGUGUUCUUGGAUGAGCUACAGGAUCCGGCAGCGCUCCUCUUCCAGCCUACACUAGAGGAAAUUGAGGAGUUCUUGGAGGAGAACAUGAUGGUGGCUAUGGAGAAGGAAGAUGAGGGAAGCGACGAGGCAAUGUCGCCGACGCCGGAGGAUUCAGAAGCCGAAAGUGCAAAGACGAUACCAAGGGAGAUGUUGCAGAACUCUGAUCAGACUGUACCUGUGGCGCUUUCUCCACUGUCCUACCGAGAGACCAAAGAGGAACAGCAUGCAUCCGACAUGGACUCAACAGAAGAUACUAGCUACAGUAGAGUGGAUGGGAUCAAGCAGGAAGACUGUGGAUCUCCAUCAGCUUCAAAAGAAGGCACCGGUGCUACCUCCAGUAUGCCGGUCAUCCUCCAAAUCCAACCCAUACAGAUUAAACAAGAAGCUCACCCCAGCGCCGUCUCAGACCCUCAAACCCAGGAAGCUCAACCCCAGAAGGGUCCAUCAGAUAUCAAGAUCGCCCAGCUCCUGGUCAACAUCCAGGGCCAAACCUUCACCUUGGUGCCUCAGCUGCUAUCGCCAGCGAACAUUACCUCCAGCAGCAAAGCGUCCUCUAAAUUUGUACGGAUCGCACCGGUGCCCAUUGCCGCCAAACCCACUGGGCUCGGGGAAGGCGGGUUAGGCGGUGGGUCGGCUGCUGGGGUCCUCGGCGGUGGUCAGAGGUACCAGAAGAGUGCGGUGGCAGACCUUAUUAAAAUGCACAAGUGCUCUUUUCCGGGUUGUAAUAAGAUGUACACCAAAAGCAGUCACCUCAAAGCUCACCUGAGGAGGCACACGGGAGAGAAACCAUUCGCCUGCACGUGGCCCGGCUGUGGAUGGAGGUUCUCCAGAUCGGACGAGCUGUCCCGCCACCGACGCUCCCACUCUGGAGUCAAACCAUACCAGUGCAUCGUCUGCGAGAAAAAGUUUGCCCGCAGCGAUCAUCUAUCCAAACACCUCAAAGUCCACCGCUUUCCACGAAGCAGCAGGACAGGGCGCUCUGCAAACUGACCCCAUCAACCCCCCCUUGCUCUGAUGGACUAAAGGAGAAGGGGGCAGGUGAUUGUAUUUUGAAGAUGGAGGACGAGAAACCCUUUUAAAAGGAUGGACGUACUGUGAUUAUUUUGGGAAAAAAAGACUACGAUACAAAAUGUUACUUGACAUACAAACCCUCAUGAGUGGAAUAAGCUUCUUGUACAGUCAUCUCAUACAGUCUAAUCAUAAGUCUAAUUGUCAAUUCAAAGUAUUUUUCACACAUGCGUGUGUACAGUAUAUUGUAUAUGUUUUAAAAAGCCUUAUAGAACAGUUGCAUCACUGAGGGUUCGAUUUCAAAUAAACCUGAGUGAGCAUUUUUGCCUUUCUGGAGCCAAAUGUUGCCCAACAAGACACACUUUUCUUCGAUGAAUAUGCUGGAAAUGAGGACGACAAUUGUGGCCUUCAUCCCCCUGCUCACAGCACCGACUCCAGGGACUAUUAUGGGUUUUCUUCAAGGCAGGGAAUCACCCCUCUGUCAAACAGUCAAGGUUUCAGUUUCAGAGUCACUUGCCUCUAUCACCAAAGAAAAGGCGCUACAGAAAUAUAAUUGACCUUACUUGACAACAUACCAGUCAAAACUGACCAAACCAUCUUCAAACUGGAAUGAUUAUUGGUUUUGAAUGAUGAAGUUACUCCUUUAGAGGGCGUUUUUCCUUGCCUCCAUCACCAAUCUGCAAUAGGUUUUGUUGAGAGUAGGCACUAUAGAAAUUAAUUUGACCUAAUUUGGUGACAUACCAGUCAUAACGUCUAAAGAUCAUCUUCAAACUGGAAAUAUUAUUGGCCUGGGUGAGAGGCAGGAACCUAUGACGUUGAACAAUAACCUGGAAUAGCUGAGGAAGACAACGCUACCACCAUUUGACCUGUUUUUUUUUUCCAAGAUUCUUCAUUAGAGUGAGUUUUUCCUUGCCUCCAUCACCAAUCUGCAAUAGGUUUUGUUGAAAGUAGGCACUAUAGAAAUGAAGUUGACCUAGUUUGGUGACAUACCAGUCAUAACGUCUAACCAAUCAUCUUCAAAUUGGAAAUAUUAUUGGCCUGGGUGAGAGGCAGGAGCCAACGACGUUGAGCAAUAACCUGGAACGCUACCCACAUUUUACCUGUUUUUUUUCCAAGAUUCUUCAUUAGGGGGAGUUUUUCCUUGCCUCCAUCACCAAUCUGCAAUAGGUUUUAUUGAGAGUAGGCACUAUAGAAAUGAAGUUGACCUAAUUUGGUGACAUAUCAGUCAUAACGUCUAAUCAAUCAUCUUCAAACUGGAAAUAUUAUUGGCCUGGGUGAGUGGUGGGAACCAAUGACGUUGAACAAUAACCUGGAACACUACCCAAAUUUGACCUGUUUUUUUCCAAGAUUCUUCAGAGGGAGUUUUUCCUUGCCUCCAUCACCAAUCUGCAAUAGGUUUUGUUGAGAGUAGGCACUAUAGAAAUGAAGUUGACCUAAUUUGGCUAGAUACCAGUCAUAACAUCUAAAGAUCAUCUUCAAACUGGAAAUAUUAUUGGCCUGGGUGAGAGGCAGGAAUGAAUGACGUUGAACAAUAACCUGGAACGCAACCCACAUUUGUUUUUUUUUCCAAGAUUCUUCAUUAGAGAGAGUUUUUCCUUGCCUCUGUCACCAAACUGCUAUCUCUGAGAAUUGGCACUAUCAAAAUAAAAUUAAAAUUUCUCACCUCCAAA